AUGCAACAGUCUGUUGGAGCCACACUUAACCUUAGUGAAAGGCGCCAACAGGCUACGAGAAACAUGACGGAUGCAAUACAAACCGUCGAAGUUAAUAGUUCAAGUCCGUCUGCAGCCAGUAAAGAAAAUUUAAUCUCUGGUAUUCUGCUUGCGCUGGUAGCGUUCUGGUUCCAAUUGAAAAAAGGUUGGGAUGAAGUUUGGAAAGUUCUGUCACUGGAGCACUGCCCAUUAUGUGUUAAACCGCAUUGCGGGAAGUAUUGCGUCUAUGUUAUCAGUAUUUGCCUCAUACUCUUCAUUGGCUUACUGUAUUACGUGCUAUGUAAUCCGUUGCGAUUCUUCAAGGGCAUUUUUUGUUGCUUCUUCUGA